AUGGCUAGUACAUUCCAGGAAACACCUACACUUAAAGCUUCUUAUUUAGAAAAUGUUGAUGCGAAGCUGUCCUUUCUACCUGAAAGACUGAGAAAGAAUCUGCUUCCUUUUCAGGAGAAAGGCAUCCUCUUUGCACUUCAGAGAAGCGGCAGGUGUAUGAUUGCUGAUGAGAUGGGGCUAGGUAAAACAAUUCAAGCAAUUGCCAUUUCCUAUUACUAUAAAAAUGAAUGGCCUCUCUUAAUUGUAGUGCCUUCAUCUCUGAGAUACCCUUGGGUUGAUGAGAUGGAGAAGUGGAUUCCAGAACUCUCUCCAGAUGAUAUUAGCAUCAUUCAGAACAAAACUGAUACCGGGAGAAUAUCAACCAGCAAAGUAACAAUUCUGGGAUAUGGCCUGUUAACUUCUGAUGCACAGGCUUUAGUAGACACUUUGAACAGGCAGAGCUUUAAGGUAGUUGUUGUUGAUGAAUCACACUACAUGAAGUCCAGAAAUGCCACCCGCAGCAAGAUUUUAUUGCCAAUUGUGCAGAAGGCUCUUAGAGCUAUUCUCCUUACUGGAACUCCUGCCCUAGGAAGACCUGAAGAGCUCUUCAUGCAAAUUGAGGCACUGUUUCCAAGAAGAUUUGGAACUUGGAGUGAAUAUGCCAAAAAAUACUGCAAUGCUCAUGUCAGAUUUUUUGGUAAAAGAACUCAAUGGGACUGUAGAGGAGCUUCAAAUUUAGAAGAACUACAUCAACUUUUAAGUGAAAUAAUGGUCAGAAGACUGAAGGAUGAUGUUCUAACUCAGUUGCCUCCCAAAGUUAGGCAGCGUAUUCCAUUUGACCUCCCACAAGCUGCAGCUAAGAAUUUGAAUGCGACUUUUGCGGAGUGGGAGAAAUUAAUGAGAAAACUGAAUUCAGAUGCCUCUGAAAACCACUUUUCUCAAGUCAUGAAUCUCGUUACGCGCAUGUAUAAAGAAACAGCCAUUGCCAAGGCAGGAGCAGUAAAGGACUAUAUCAAAAUGAUGCUUGAAAAUGACAAACUGAAGUUUCUAGUUUUUGCUCAUCACCUAAGCAUGCUUCAAGCCUGUACAGAAGCAGUUAUAGAGAAAAAGGUUCGCUACAUACGAGUAGAUGGAAGUGUUCCUUCUGCAGAAAGAAUACAUCUUGUUAAUCAGUUUCAGAAAGAUCCUGAUACCAGGGUUGCUAUUUUGAGUAUUCAGGCAGCUGGUCAGGGUUUAACUUUCACUGCUGCUACUCACGUUGUGUUUGCUGAACUGUAUUGGGAUCCAGGCCAUAUUAAGCAAGCAGAAGACAGAGCACACCGAAUUGGGCAGUGCAGUUCUGUGAAUAUUCACUUCCUUAUUGCAAAAGGAACGAUGGAUACUCUUAUGUGGGCAAUGCUGAAUCGCAAGGCCAAAGUUACAGGCAGCACCUUAAAUGGCAGGAAAGAGAAGAUGCAGGCUGAAGAAGGUGAUAAGGAGAAAUGGGAUUUUUUGAGUUUUGCUGAGACCUGGGCCCCAAAUGAAAAUCUAGAAGAUAACAAAAAUGAACUUUUAUUUACACAUUUUGAAAAGGAAAGACAGCAUGACAUACGUUCUUUCUUUUCCCCAAAAUCCUCCACUGAGAAGAAACGCAAGAUUUUUUCUGAUAGUGAAUCAUUGUGUGAUGAUUCAGAAUCUUCUGAAGUCAAAAAAGAAAAGGGUAUAGAGAAGAGCCAUGAAAAUCUGGAUCCCACAAGAACAGGCGAUGUGGAUACAAUUUCUCAUGAAAGUGCCUGUGAACAUGCAGCUAAAAGAGCAAGAAGCAUGACUGGAUCUACUCCAGUCAACUCCAGUAAGAAAAAUCAAAAAUCCUUGACUGAACAAAAGCACUCUUUAUUUUCAGGAAAAACCAAUGAAGUCUCUCCUUGUGACUUAAAUACUUCAAGCAAAAGCAUGGCUUUAAAUAAAGUUUGGCAAUGUUCUGCUUGCACUUAUAGUAAUAAUGAAUUGCUCCCUUACUGUGAAAUAUGCAGUUGUCCUCAAAGCAGUAAUGCUGAGAGAAGCUGUGAAGCUCCCACGAGGCAAACUGAAGAAACUGUGUCAAAGGACUGUGGAAGAUAUGAAGAGAGCACAGCGUGCAACGCUGGGGAUAGAAGAGAAGAUUUGAGGGAAGUGGUGACCCAGCAAUCUGUUAAAAUCAGCAAAUGGCAAACUGUUGAAAUUGAAAAUGAAGAAAGUGAAAAAAAGUGUGGAGAAG